ACAAACUUGAAGUCAAAGGCAAACGUUUUUUUUAAGCCUCCCUCGGGUAUCGCAGUGUAUCAGAAUGCAGACCAUAUUCCCGCUGUCUUCAGUUUCUCCAAGGAGAGGAGAGGUUCUUUGUCAGAAGCGAGAUACUGUGCUUGUUAGCGCAAAUCGUGACAGCGGUGCAGCAAUUAACUUGAUUCCAUGGGAGUGACUGAUCCGUUUAUAAAAUAAAUCUCUCGCAGGCACAUUAGUGUGGAUUUAAAAAAAAAGGAAAAUCUGACUCAAUCGUUUGAAGUUUCUGGUGUUGACAAACUCCGUUCCGUACGUACCCUCUGAAUUGACGAGACACUUGCAUGCACCAGGGGGCGCUAGCGCGUCACUGCGCCUGCUAUGCAAGAUACCGUAUUGGCGUGCAUUUAAAAAAAGCCAGAACAGACGGGGAAACGGAGAGCAACUUCAGACUGAGGGGAGAGGAGAGGUGCCUUGUGGAGCAAACAACAAGUAAACGAUUCUAAUUGGUUGUCAAGCAAAUUGCAUUUAUUUCGACUUGGUUCCGUUCUGCGUAGCCACCGAAGAAGUAGGCUAAACUUUGCACGAGACGAAACUGGCUGACCUGGCGCUUCGGGAUUGCAUGACAGCUUUGAAAGACGAUUACAAACGAACAAGCCUUUCGAUAUCAGGCGCUGAUGUGAAGUUUGGACCUGGACAUGACAGCGAGCACGGAGAGACUGGCCACUGUGGAAUAAUUUUUUCUCAUUUGAACAAGGGCACUAGGAAUGUGGUUGAAUUGUGCCACGCCGAAUGCGUGAAUAGCUUACUCGGGAGGGGAGUGUUUGCAUUCCUGGAUCUAUCAUAACGUUUAGAUACGCCACAAUACAGUGCGCUGCGAGGUGCGCGAGCGAGUAACAAUUCAUUGAAAAAACUGACAUGCUGUGAGCACAUUUCAUGUGGGAAGCGCGGACAGAGCUGGUUUUCUGAACGUUGAGCAAAAGGGACAAAAAAAGGUCAGAAAAUAAUGUCCAGGCGGCAGAACAACGAGCAUCGCGCAACUGCCUUACAGUAAAUUCGCUGUAUCUUUAGUGAAGAGUAAAAAGUAGGCUACAUUAUCGCCUGAUUUAGACAUAUUCUGCUAUGUAGCCUGCUGGAAAUUCGAGAACUUGUUCUUGUUGCAUUCCUUGUCUCUCGCAUAAGAAGUGAUUGACCAGGUGUUUGGCGUGAUAGAAUCUACAUAUCAGCCUGCGUAAACUUGAGAACGUCAUACGAUAUAUCGCAUGUAACUGACAUGCGGGCAACUGGUGAGAGGCAUCGGUUGCGCUUAAUUUAACCGUUUAACUGAUUGCAGUUUUGUGAACUGUGACUGAAAUGUGUGCAACGCUAAGGUGUCAAACUCGGACCACCCUGAACAAUUCGAACUUGGAGUGGCGUGUUUUAUUCCGAGGAACGAGAGCUGUGUAAACGUCGGACGUGGGAUUUUUUGCUUAAUUUCGGAUGCCCCUUCGAACAGUUUAUAAACACGCGCAUGUUGUUUUGCUGGGGAAUUUAUGAACUGUGGGCGUAAUCGAAUACCUUCUGAAUGCACAUGCCGUCUGCGGAGUGGGAGACGAAAAGAUGACAGAAACGCAUUUCUCGGGGUUUCCCUUCAAGGUGCACCGCACAACUUGGAAAUAACCGCAGUUUGGAUUUCCAUCGCGUCGUUCGCUUUGGUUAAAUAACCGGGGCUCUUUUUUCGAGAGGGGGAUUGAUACCAGUGUGAAUCAUUUGGCGUUAAAGCCUACUAAUCACGCGCACCCAAAAUGUUGAGCAGUGGUCCCAGCAUUGUGUACGAGUGGCUGAAGACUCUACAGCUUUGUCAGUACGUGGAAGCGUUUGUUGACAACGGCUAUGACGAUUUAGAAGUGUGUAAGCAAAUUGGAGACCCCGACCUGGACGCCAUCGGGGUCUACAUCCCUCACCACCGGCAACGGAUACACGACGCGGUGCGGCGGCUGAAGGAAGAGGACAAAGAGACGGCCACGGGGCUCUACUUCACCCUGGAGCCUAUGUCCCCGUCCUCCCAGAUCUACACCAGCCACAUGGUGGAGCAGUACGAGACCAAACUCCGAGGGUCGAAGUCAUGGACCGAGCAGAACAGCGACCGGGUCGGAAUGAAACCGGGCUAUCUGAGUGCGAACAGGAACCUGACGCUGGGCAAUUGUAGAGAACUGGUCAUCUAUCCCAAACUCAAGCUGAAGAUCAUGAUCAGGGAUAAACUCAUCCGAGACGGGAUUAACCUCAGCAAGCCGCCGUAUUCAAACAAGGAUGGUUCUCUGGGCAACAUUGAUGACCUGGCCCAGGAGUACUCAGAGUAUUACAACACCUGCUUCAGCGACGUCAGCGACAGGAUGGAGGAGCUCCGCAAGCGCAGGGUGUCUCAGGACAUGGACACGGAAAAAGCUGAUGCAAGCCUCACCUCCCUGCAGCUGCGGUCAGAGAUUCAGGAGUCGCUGGGGUUCAGCAGCGCCGUGUCCACGCCGGAGGCCGAGAGGAAGCUUCCUCUGCACAAGUCCAGCUCGGAGGAUGGCUCCGGAGGGAAAUGGGACAGCAAGAAGAAGAAUAAGUCGUUCUGGCAGAACUUCCGCAAGUCUCAGAAGGGGGUCGUCCGGCAGACGUCCAAAGGAGAGGACAUUGGCUAUGUGGCCAGUGAGAUCACUAUGAGCGAUGAAGAGCGCAUCCAGCUGAUGAUGAUGGUGAAGGAGAAGAUGAUCACGGUGGAGGAGGCCUUGGCUCGGUUGAAGGAGUAUGAGACCCAGAACAGACAGUCCAGCAGUACUGACAAUGCAGAGUGGACUGACGGAUCCAGUCCCAAUGUAAACGAGUCCUCAAACUGCAAUUCUCGCGAGCAGUCAGACGACGAGCUGGAGGACUCCGUCAAGUUCCGACGCCUCCACAAGCUGGUGAACUCCACCCGCAGAGUGAGGAAGAAGCUGAUCAAGGUGGAGGAGGGCAAGAAGCCGGGCUCUGAAGAGUCCCUGAGUUUGGAGGCGUCCCCCACGUGCGAGGACAACGCGGCCCUGUACACGGGGGUGCAGAAGAAGCCGGCCGUCCCGCAGGAGGAGUCCCUGCCCUCCCUGCUGCAGGAGCGCCGCUCGCUGGACGGCGACUCGGACAGCCUGACCACCUCGCCCUCGUCCGGCAGCCUGGACGCCUGGUCCGGCCACAAGCUGGUCAAGACCUUCGGCAAGUCCGCCGGGGGCGGCGGCGGCGGCGGCGGUCACGGGCUGGUCCGGCAGGGCAGGAAGCCCAGCGCGGGGGGUGGGGUCGGCGGGGGCGGGGUCGGCGGCAGCGGCUCCUCCUUCUCCGAGGCGGACGGGUGCGGCAGCGGCGGCGGCGGGGACGAGGCGGACGCCACCGCGGGCAAGGUGUCGCGCUCCAUGACGGACAGCGAGGUGCGGAAGGCGCUGAGCUCGCUCAGCCACGGGGUGAGUAUCGAGAGCGUCUACGGCUUCUACGGCCUGACCGCCAGGCCCCGCCCACACCUCCUGGUCUCCCUGGAGGACGUCCAGAGCCCCGCCAAGCGGCCGUCCCGGCCCAAGGGCCGCGAGCGCGAGCGCGACCCAAACUACGCCUACUCCUCCAAGCACCUGGUGCACCAGCGGUCCCGCCCCAAGCUGCACGGGGCCCCCUCGUCCCCCGCCCACUGCGACCUGCAGCUGCUGCGGGACAAGGCUAAGGGGGGGGGCGGGGGAGGGGGGGGCUGGGCGUUCCCCGCCCGGAAGCUUCGCGGCCGGACGGCGGUGAGCGAGUUCAACAUCACGUACGUGGUGGAGCGCAGCCUGUACGGGCACCUGAGCUGGGCGCAGCUGGUGAGGCCCGCCGCCGAGCGCACGCUCAGCAAGGCCGAGCGCCAGGACCUGCGCCGCUGCCUGCUGGACGAGGACGCCGACGCCGCCGACAGGAAGUGGGCGUCCAGCGUGGACCGCUGCACCAAGCGGGUCCUCUUGCGCAUUCAGCAGAAGUCUAGAACCUGCAGUUUCGGGGGGUUUGACCUGUCCAACCGGUCACUCCAUGUUGUCAACACUGGCAGUGACCCUGCAAACAAAGACCAAGAGGCGAUUUACAGGGAAGUGGUGAAGUCCCCCACAACGUCUCGAAUCUCUCUGGGAAAGAAGGUGAAGUCCGUGAAGGAGACCAUGAGAAAGCGCAUGUCCAAGAAGUACAGCAGCUCUCUGUCUGAACAGUCGAGCCCUGAUGGGACGCCCGGGUCGCCCCAGUCCCCCCAGCCGGACACCGACUCCCUGGAGAAGCCCAAACUGAAGGCCGGGGGCUCUGUGGAGAGCCUCAGAAGCUCCCUGAGCGGCCAGAGCUCCAUGAGCGGACAGACGGUCAGCACCACGGACUCGUCGGCCAGUAACCGCGAGAGCGUGAAGUCGGAGGACGGCGACGACGAGGAGCCGCCGUACAGAGGCCCCUUCUGCGGCCGAGCGAGGGUGCACACCGACUUCACCCCCAGCCCCUACGACACCGACUCCCUCAAACUAAAGAGAGGCGACGUCAUCGACAUCAUCAGCAAGCCGCCGAUGGGCACGUGGAUGGGCCUGCUCAACAACAAGGUGGGCACCUUCAAGUUCAUCUACGUGGACGUGCUGAGCGAGGAAGAGGAGAAGCCCAAGCGGCCCGUGCGCCGGAGGAGGAAGGGCCGGCCGCCCAAGCCCACGUCCGUGGAGGAGCUGCUGGAGCGCGUCAACCUCAAGGAGCACAUGCCCACCUUCCUGUUUAACGGCUAUGAGGACCUGGACACCUUUAAGCUGCUGGAGGAGGAGGACCUGGAUGAGCUCAAUAUCAGAGACCCUCAGCACAGAGCAGUGCUGCUCACUGCUGUAGAGCUGCUGCAGGAGUACGACAGCAGCAGUGACCCGGAGCGCAGCGGGCAUACGGGGUCCCAGGAGAAGCUCCUGUCCGACGGGCAGGGCCUGGUGGGCGAGUCCCCCCGUGACUCAGGCUGUUAUGAGAGUAGUGAGAACCUGGAGAAUGGUAAGAGCAGAAAGGCGUCCCGCUCCAGCCGGACGUCGUCGGGGUUCGAGUCGGCCCGGCUCCACUCCCCGGACUACCCCACCCUGCCCAUGACCCGGUCCACCGAGGCCCUGCAGCAGCAGGGGAAGAAGGAGCGCAAAUUCGGCAAGCACUUCUUCCUCAAGCCCUCCAUCAAGGGCCUGGGCCUGCUGAGCCUGAAGAAGGGGGGGUCCCGGCGGCUCCUCCGGAUCCCGCCCAGCCGCAGCUGCGAGGGCCUGGACGAGGGCGCCCCCCCCGCGCCCUGCUCCGUCCGGGAGAUGUGGAAGCGCUCGCGCUCCCUGGGGGACCUCCACUGGGAGCAGGCCUUCGACGGGAACAAGAGCCCCGCCCCCCCGGAGCUCCUCCGCCCCGCCCCGGGCCCCGAGAGGGAAGAGGGGGUACCCCCCGUGUGCCUUAAGGGCCCGUCGGAUCCGCCUGGCCCCCCCGCACGGCCGGUCGUCGGCGGGCCCCCCCCGGGCAGCCCCGAGUCGCCGUCGGCGGUGGAGUCGGUCGCGGCGGCCGGCCCCGCCUCCCCCCCCGCGCAGCUGGCCCGGGGGGGUAAGAGCACGCGGACUCACCCGAAAAAGGCGCCGGUGCCCCCUCCGGUGCCCGUCAAAAAGUCCCGGGAGCGACUGGCCAACGGGCUGUGCCACCCGCCUCUGCUCCUGCCCGGCCCCGGAGCGCCCGCCGCGCCCGCGAAUACGGCCGGGACCCCCGCCAGCACCCCCGCCAGCCCGUCCGAGGCGGCCCGCUCCUGCCCCACGUCCCCGGAGGAGCCCGGGACGCCCCCGGCGGCGCCCCCGCCCUGGCUGUCGGACCUGCCCGAGUCGGCCUGCCCGCAGAUCCACGGGGUCAAGGCGGCCGUCGGCCGGAAGAUCUCGCACGCCAGGGCGCCCAACCUGGAGUCCCUCCUGGAGGACAGGCUGGAGGCCGAGGGCAUCGACCUCACCGAGGAGCCGUACUCCGACAAGCACGGCCGCUGUGGGAUCCCCCAGUCUCUGGUCCAGAGGUACGCGGAGGACCUGGAGCAGCCGCUGAAGGACGUGGCCCCCGCCAUGGACCAGAUCCGCGUCACAGAGCUCCGCAAGCAGCACCGCAUGGCGAUCCCGUCUGGCGGCCUGACGGAGAUGUGCAGGAAGUCGGCGUCGCAGGGGCAGGCCGGCACGGUGACGGACUGGCUGACGUCGAUCGGGCUGCCCAUGUACGCCGGCCACUUCCUGUCGGCGGGCUACGACUCGCUGGCCCGGGUCUCCGCCCUGACGGAGGCGGCGGCGCUGGAGGCGGGCGUGAGGGAGGAGCGCCACGUGCGCCGCCUGCUGGCCGAGGCGCGGCGGGUGCAGGCCCAGAGCGCCGAGUCGUAACGCGUGGGGGGGAGGGGGAAAAAACAAACAAACAAAAAAAAACGUCGCCUUGGAAACGCACCGACCGUCGCAAUACCUGCGCUGCCUGGGGACCUGCAGCAGCAGCAAUGCAGACUCUGCUUGUAAUGGGGCUGCGACUGGGGGCAGCCGCGAUGUAAAGGGACCUCAAACCCGCGGAGAAAGAAGCGGGAGACUUUUUUUCUUUUUUUUUCUCUUUUUCCUUCUAUUUUCCCUCUUUCCAGAUGUUUACGAUGACGUUUUGACUGAGUGACUGAGAUUGACAGCAGAAUGCCAAGAAGAGAAGUUUGGAGGCCUUUUUUUAAAAAUGAAAAUGUAAAAAAAAAAAAAAAAAGUUUUUAACAUUAAUCUCUUUGGAUAACGGUUCCUUUAAAAAUGAGUGCUGGUCUUAAUGUGGAAGACAGAACUGCCUUUGAAGAAACAGCACAGGGUUGUUGUUUUUUUUUUUUUUUCUUUUUUUGAAAUUUCAGUUUUUUAUAAAGAUAAGAGACUUUUGUUGUUUGCUUAAUUUUGGUCUCUUUUGCUUGCCGUAGCACUAAAAAACGGCGAGAGUCUGUAGCUUGGCCAAAGCAAUCUUUUUUUAACCAUAUAGUUCUUUCUUUACAGCAGUAAUUCAAAGUCAGAAAUUUAGCUAUAUAUUGAAGGAUGUGUCUUCUGCAUAGAAAUACUACAAAGCAAAACUGUAAAAUACAAAAGCAAAUCAAAUAUUUCAAUCCAUUAUCUUGAGAUAACUGAUAUUGCCAUUGCAGAAUAAUGUUGUCUUUGUUUUUUUAUUGUCAGGUCACCAAAUAUGAAAAGAUUUCUUGUAGAGUUCGGUGUUCACUGCACGGUAGAUGCUGGAGAUUUCAGUUUAACGUACCAGAUCCUACGGGCCACUGUGAGCUCAAACAGGCAUCGUCACGAAUCAGUGGGAUAUCUUGACGGUCUUGAUCUUAAAGACGAAAUAUAAUAAGGGCGCAUGUAAUCCUUCAAUGUAUAGUCCCUUCAUGGCUUCAUACAAAGUACUACCAGUGUUUCAUGGGAGAUCAGCUUUUCUUACAAGCAAUAGUCUUGAUAUCUACCACGCUAAUUUUAUGUUGCCUUACAAAAAAUAUGUACAAACAGUUUAAUAAAUAUCUAUCUGUGUACUCGAGUUUGGUUAUCACAAAUUACCCGGUCGUCGUCUACAUUUUCCCAAUACUUGCAUAUUGCAUAUAUAAUAACUUGCAGUGUAAACACAAUGCAAUACUUCUGAGUGUGGUAACUUGCGGUAAAGUAUCUUAUCUGAACUCUUAGUUUCUUUGGUCAGUGACUUGGUGAGACUAAAGUGCUCUCCUAAGCUGGAAAAAGUCUUUUUUUUUUUUGUUUUUGUUUUUUUUUUUGUUAGUGUAGUGGCUGUUUCUCAAGCACAGCAGUAUGAAAUAAUUUAUUUCAGAUGUAUUUUUUAAAUGGUUCACCAGUUCACUGCAGUGUCAAGAACAUCCCCCUAGUGCAUUGUGGGUCCUAAGCAUGGUGACACCAUUGAAACUUCAGGAAGAAAGGCUUAAUUUUAGUUUGUUUUUGUUUUUUUUUUUUUUUAAAGAUAAGCGCAGAAUGUUUACAGGAAUGUGCAAACUUGAAACGUGCAGUUAAGGCUCUAUGGUUCUUGACGGUUCUCUCCAGCCCAAGCAGGUUCUUGUGCCCGCUUCACUGACCAAUUAAAACUGCUCAAAAUUCAAAAUGGCCGACCGACAUUUACAUUAAGCAGCCAAAUGCACAUAAUUCUUCGUGGAAUAUGAAUAUGGCGUGAACGGUCGUACCUUAUAACCUUUUUUAUUUUUUCUAGAAUCAACUUCUGAUCGAUUGUAGUAGGCCACAAAAGGAGAGAAGUCAUGCGAGCAGCAGCUGUUCGUGCUUUAUUGCAGGAAGACGGGCCUCUCCGGGCGUUGAUUGUAAGCACAGACGUCAAUGCAGCACGCGCGUACACAUUUUAUGCAUCGUAUUCCAUUGCAGAAAGAGUUGAGUGGGGAUAUUCCGUACAGACUCAGGGUCAGACGUACUAAAGAAAGGCACCCUUAUAUACAGGUUUUUACUUUUAAAUUGUUUUUUUUUUAAGUCGGAAGAGCUCACUGCACAGCUAUAAACUAGAGCAGUCCACAUCUGUGUUACUCCAGAGCAGUAGACCCCUUUCUACACUGCAAGACACCCUCACACUGCCAGGCAUGUUCGGUCUAACUGCAAUGCACUUUGACCACAAUACUGAGUUCAGAAAUAGCAUCAAGUCUUAUGUGUGUUUGGUAGCCAGAGGGGCUUGUGGUGGCUCACCGUAGUGAGUGUGUGUGUUUUGUUUCUUGCACACAUUCAUUUCAAUAUUCAUUUCAAUGCCCCCCCACCCCACCUCUUCAAUAUAUGAGGACGAUAAGUACAAGCCUCAUUGCAGUUAGACAACAGGCGUGCAGGUCUGUUUUUCAUUAUGGGCCAAUUUGUCAACAUUUUGGCGAAACCGUGGAAACCGCUUCCUGCUCCACCAGUGGCCUGUCAGUGCUGACACAUUCCAGCAUCUGACCGGGCCGCCUUCUCCAUGGCGACCGAGUCCAGACAAGGAUGCUUUGGAGCACCGCGGCCACGCGUAACCAUAGCAACGGGACACGUUUGACUCACCUGAUAGGUCUGGGAACGAUUUUGGGGCUGCCGGUGGCUCGAGAACUUGGGCGUACAUCAUCAGGGAUACCGCAGUUUCACUGAUCAGCCUGGGCUACGAAUCCAUUUAGCGUGUUUUUAAUGUUUGUUUUAUCUAAUAUUACUCUGCAUUUCUUUUAUUUUUUUAAAACUUAUUCACGUCUUAUAUAGCGUGAAAUGCAUACUGACAGUGUGACGCCUGUGCGCUGCCCACUCGAUUCGUUUGAUGUUUUGUUUUUUUUCCCAUGAUGCUCGGAAAAAAAACUCUUUUUAGCAAUCCUGAUAUCCAACACCUGUACUCUUCUUAUUAUACUUUUUUUUUCUUUUUAAAAAAAAACUGUUGCCAUUAAAUGCACUUUACAAUCAAAUCAACUUUUUUUUUUAAUGGAAAAUUCUCCGAAAUGCAAGGUUUUCAUUGACGGUGCAUGCUGGAAUGUUUCGGUGGUCAGCGAGCACGGGUUAUAUUUGACAUUUUGAAUAAAUCGGUUUUGCGGAGUUCCGAGUGCCAAGUAGUCACUGAUGUAGUCACAUAAUGCAAUUACUCAACAAUUAAUCUGUGUUCAAAUUAAUUACUUCCAAUGAUUUUUUUGCCUUGUCAUAAAGAAAAAAAACAUAAUUACAUAUAUGAAAUGAUUAACAAAUGUUGCACAUUCUGUAUAUGUAAUUGAUAUUUAAAUAAGUUAUUUUCUUUUUUCUUUUCUUUUUCUUUUGCUUUUCAUAUCAAAUGUAAUUAUUAGCUGUACUAUACAAAUAGCAAUACCCUCUUGCAUAUAGCCAGUGAAAGCUACAGUAUGUAUUGUAAAAUAUAAGUGUAAAAAUUACUUUAUGCAGUUUCAGCUAGCUAAUAAUUGUCUAUAAAGAUUUGCUUGUGUAUUGAAACAAAAAAAGGUCUAUAACUAUUUGUCAUUCUGAAAUAUAAUAAAACCUUUCUUGGCAUCAAUAA